UCAAGAAGAUAUUCAACCACUAGCCGGUUUAACUUUAACAAGCUUUUCGACUCGGAUUUCCAGGACACCAAUAGCAAACUUGGAGUGCCAGUUUUCCUUCCCUUGAAACGGGUCCACUCUCCUUCCGAACCGAAUGACCGGCUUGGAUCCCACUACCCCAACGGGUCCGUCCGGCUAAUACCAAACCCUGGUUUAUUGUUUUAACAGCCUGCGUCAACCCAAUCGACCUGGUUUUCCCAUCUCAACAUUCCUGAAUUUCUUUCUCCGUCAAAGACAACACAAGAAAUUGAUUUCAAUUGGAGAGAUUCAAUGUUGAUAAACCUUUUGCGGUUUGACCUAUUAGGCAUUAAAGGCCGAAGCUUUGGGGUUUAUUGAGGAUUCUAUAAAAUGGGUUCUAAUUUGGUACCCAUACCGAUAACACCCAAAAAACGUGACCCAGCAUGGAAGCAUUGUCAAUUGUUCAAAAAUGGGGAAAAGGUGCAGAUGAGGUGCAUAUAUUGUAGCAAAAUGUUUAAGGGCGGUGGGAUUCACAGGAUUAAGGAACAUCUUGCAUGUCUUAAAGGUAAUGGCUCUACUUGUCUGAGUGUUCCGCCUGAUGUUCGUCUUCUGAUGCAACAAAAUUUUGAUAAGGUUGUAGUUAAGAAAAGGAAGAAGGAAGAGAUUGAGGAAGAGACGACCAAUUUAAACCUUACUUCUUGUGAGAAUGAUGCAUUUGCCCAUCAAAGUAAUGUUAAUUCUGGACUCCAACUGGUUGGAUCGCCCAAGACAUUUGAUCCCGGUUCGAGUUCGUUACUUCCUUGUGAAGAAAGAACAAAUAAUAGAAGUGGAGAUGAUGGGAAGAAGAGGAGAAUAGUUAAAAACUCUGCUACACCUGCCAAUGCUGAGAACUUUGUAGCAAUAGGGGAUAAUAGGGCAAAGAGUCAUAUUCAUAUGGCAAUUGGAAGAUUCUUAUACGACAUUGGUGCACCACUGGACGCAGUAAACUCGGCCUAUUUCCAUCCAAUGCUUGAGGCUAUUGCUUCAGGAGGGUUGGGGGUUGAAGCACCAUCAUAUCAUGACAUCAGAGGUUGGAUAUUGAAGAAUUCAGUUGAAGAAGUGAAGAAUGAUGUUGGCAAGUACACAACAGCUUGGGCAAGUACUGGUUGUUCUGUUUUGGUUGACCAAUGGAUCACUGACAUGGGUAGAAUCCUGCUUAAUUUUUCCGUGUAUUCUCCUGAAGCUACCGUGUUUCUGAAGUCUGUAGAUGUAUCUGACAUCAUCAAUUCAUCGGAUGCUUUAUAUGAAUUACUUAAGCAAGUGGUGGAGGAAGUUGGAGUAAGACAUGUGCUGCAAGUGAUUACUAAUGGGGAAGAGGUGUAUAUGCUUGCAGGGGCGAGGCUCACUGAAACUUUCCCUGGCCUGUAUUGUGUUCCUUGUGCAGCUCACUGUUUGGAUUUGAUACUUGAUGAUUUUGCAAAAGUUAGUUGGAUGAGUUCCACAAUUGAAAAGGCUAGGUCCAUUACAAGAUUUGUCUACAAUCAUAGUGCGGUUCUGAAUAUGGUCAGAAAAUACACUUCAGGCAAUGAUAUUGUUGAACCAGGAGACACAAGCAUUUCUACGAACUUUACCACAUUAAAACGACUGGUUUAUGUUAAACAAAAUUUGCAGUCCAUGGUUACUUCACAAGAGUGGAUGGACUGCCCAUAUUCAAAGAAACCUGAGGGACUGGAUAUGUUGGAUUUGAUUAGUAAUCAGAAUUUUUGGUCUUCUUGCAUGCUAAUUACCCGUGUAACAAAUCCUCUCUUGCGCGUUCUGAAAAUUGUUGGCAGCAAGAAAAGACCUGCGAUGGGAUAUAUUUAUGCAGGAAUGUAUAGAGCAAAAGAAACCAUUAAGAAAGAAUUCGUCAAGAGAGAGGAUUACAUGCAUUACUGGAACAUUAUUAAUCGCUGGUGGGAGAGGUUGUGUCUUCCUAUUCAUGCUGCAGGUUUCUAUUUUAACCCAAAGUAUUUUUAUAGCACUGAAGGAGACAUGCAUAAUGAGAUACUUUCGAGAAUGCUUGACUGCAUAGAAAGAUUGGUCCCUGAUAUAAAUAUCCAAGAUAAAAUCUUGAAGGAGCUAAACUCGUACAAAAAAGCAGUUGGAGAUUUUGGGAGGAAGAUGGCAAUUAGAGCGAGAGACGCUCUGCACCCUGAUGAAUGGUGGUCAACAUAUGGAGGAGGCUGUCCAAACUUGGCCCGUCUGGCCAUCCGUAUCCUUAGUCAAACUUGCAGUUCAAUCAGGUUCAAGCAGAAUAAAAUACAUUUUGAACAAAUAUAUGGCACAAGGAAUUGUCUAGAGCGACAACGGCUCAUGGACCUUAUGUUUGUUCAGUGCAACUUCCAACUGAGACAAAUGAUUGAUAAGAGCAAACAACAUGAUUCCUGGGACCCCAUAUCAAUUGACUGCAUCAGUCUUUUGGAAGAUUGGGUCAUGGGGAAGGACGUAUGCUUGGGAGGCUAUGGGAGUGUAGAUUGGCCAGAACUUAAUACACCCUCUCCUAAUGCAAUGCUCUUAGCAGCUGAAAAUGAUGAAUUUGAAGAGAUAGGAGCAGGAUUUGAUGAUUAUGAGAUUUUAAAUAGAACAAAAGCUGGAGAGGAGGAUAUUGUUGACAUCAAUCUAGUAGGCUAGCAGAUCAGAAGCCCCGGCAAAGGGACACCUUUUUCAAUUGGAGAGCCCUCAUUGAAGUUGAAGUCAAAUUACAGAUACAUAUGCCUGCUGCAGUGCUGGUUUCUUUGCUUGACCUGAUUAGGCCAAUUCUCUUUUAGUAUGCUAUCCAUAGACAAUGCUCUGAUUGAAUACGUAAAUAUAGAUUUAGAUUGUAAUUCUCUCUUUUGUCCAACGAAUUCAAAGCUUCUUAGUUGUUAUAUAUAAGACCAGGCAUUGAUUGCUUUGAUAA